UCGUCUUAUCAGGAGACCUGAACUUUUACAUGUACAAUCGAUUUGUUCUAUAAAGAAAGUUGUUAUGGCGGAUUCUUCAAUAAUAUAUAUUAUUUUAAUCGCAUUUUGUUGCAGUCACGCGGAUUCUUUGAUAGAUGAGUGUUUAACAAGCACGUGCACGUAUAAUGGGCAUGUGUUCUGUGGCCAUAUACCGUGUCCACGACAGCCCUGUAAUCAACCGCUUGUCCUGACCCCGGGGGAUUGCUGCGAUCACUGCCCUACAGUGCAACAAGCCGACGAUCCUUUGUUGAAAGACUGCCCCUACCCUUGCACUCAAGGUGGAGUCCACUACUGUCACCCCAUACCGUGCCCAUUGCCACCGUGUGUUGACGCUGUGCAGAAGAAAGGAAUAUGCUGUCCCUCCUGCCCUAACGGACCAAACUGUCCUGCACCUGAUGAUCACGUGGUCGCCUACCAUCACUGGGAAAUUAUUGAUGGGAAAAAUUGCACAUGCGAGCUGCCUCUAACAAAUACGACAUGCGUUUAACAACAAAACUGGGCGUCUUAUUGGAAUUAUAAAUUUUACUGACA